AUCGAUUCCACCUCGGCUGGGAGCGCGUAGUACGUUCGCCGGUCGUCGUUCCGUUCGGAAGUGCGUUUUGGAGGUUGUGUUCUUUUUCAUUCAAGUGUUUGGAAGCUCAAGAUGGUUGUCGGUCGCAAGUGGGUCUACGUGAAGCCGUUCGAUGGGUUGCCGAAGGAUGAGAACUUUCGGCUCGAGGAGGAAGUGUUCUCGGACGAGCUGAAGGAGAAUGAGUUUCUCACCGAAGCCGAGUUCCUCAGCGUCGACCCGUACAUGCGGCCGUACAUGGCCUCGUACCCGGUCGGGACGACGAUGAUCGGCGGACAGGUGGCGAAGGUGACGGCCAGCCGGCACCCGAACUUCCCGGUUGGUGCGUAUGUGUUUGGCAACUUUGGCUGGCGGACGCACUGCCUCGUUGACCCGCGGAAACUGCCCGCCGAAAGCCAACCGUACGUGCUGCCGUCGUUCGGGCGCCAUCCGCGCUCGCUCGCUGUCGGCGUGCUGGGCAUGCCGGGCAACACGGCCUACUUUGGCUUCCUGGAGCUGUGCCAGCCGAAGGAGGGUGAAACGGUGGUGGUGAGCGGGGCGGCCGGUGCCGUCGGUAGCAUCGUUGGGCAGAUAGCGAAGCUGAAGGGCUGCACGGUGGUCGGUGUGGCCGGUACGGACGAGAAGUGUGCCUGGUUGCGGCAGCUCGGUUUCGACGCCACGAUCAACUACCGUGCGGUGGGCGAGAGCGGGUUUGCCGAGGCACUGAAGAAGGCCGCACCGAAGGGCAUCGACUGCUACUUCGAUAACGUCGGUGGCUACAUCUCGGCCGCGGUGCUGUUGCAGAUGAACCUGUACGGGCGCAUCUCGGUGUGCGGCACCAUCUCCAACUACAACGAUGGGCGGGUGAAGGUGUCGGAUCCGCAGCGCGAGUACGUGUUCAAGCAGCUGCGCCAGGAGGGCUUCCUCGUGACGCGGUGGCACAAGCGCUGGAUGGAGGGCAUCGAGGCCAACCUGCGGUGGAUCGAGGAGGGCAAGCUCACCUAUCAGGAGACCGUGACCGAGGGCUUCGAGCGUAUGCCGGAGGCGUUCGUCAGCAUGCUAACCGGUGGCAAUACCGGCAAGGCGGUGGUCAAGCUGUGAUACGGGUUUCGCUCGAAGGAAUAAACACGAUCAAACGGUUCGUUGUAA